UCUCAGCUAGCCCCCGCCCUCCCCGCCACUGCGUCCCAGGUGGCUCAGGCCCCCGCGGUGAUCUCUGUUUACCGAGAAAGCCUGCCCAAGUGGGGCUCCCUCCCCCACUCUCUCCCCGCUGAGGUUCCUGCCCGCCUAGGAAGCGGGGAGAAACCAAGCCGAGCCAUUCCUCGCCCUUUUCCCCAUCGCCUGGAGAGGUCAGAUGGCGAUGGCCCCUACACCUGUCGGAACCCCGGAUGGGGGCUGGGGCUGGGUGGUGGCAGCUGCAGCCUUCACGGUCAAUGGGCUCUCCUACGGGCUGUUACGUUCCCUGGGCCUUGCCCUCCCUGAUCUCGCCGAGCACUUUGACCGAACCUCUCAGGACACAGCGUGGGUCAGCGCCCUGGCUCUAGCCGUGCAGCAGGCAGCCAGCCCAGUGGGCAGCGCCCUGAGCACCUGCUGGGGAGCGCGCCCAGUGGUGAUGAUUGGGGGCAUCCUCACCUCGCUUGGUUUCGUCUUCUCGGCUUUCGCUGGCAGUCUGCUGCACCUCUACCUUGGCCUGGGCGUCCUCGCUGGCUCAGGCUGGGCCUUGGUGUUCGCCCCUGCCCUCGGAACCGUCUCGCGUUACUUCUCCCGCCGUCGAGUCUCGGCCGUGGGUCUGGCACUCACAGGCAACGGAGCCUCUUCACUGCUCCUGGCGCCUGUCUUGCAGCUCCUCCUGGAUACUUUCGGCUGGCGGGGCGCCUUGCUCCUCCUUGGCGCCAUUACCCUCCACCUCACCCCCUGUGGUGCCCUGCUGCGACCCCUGGAGCUCCCUGGCGACCCCCCUGCCCCACCCCGCGGACCCCUAGCUGCCUUGGGCCUGGAUCUCUUCACACGCCGAGCCUUCCUAGUUUUUGCUCUGGGCACGGCCCUGAUCGCGGGCGGGUACUUCGUCCCCUACGUGCAUUUGGCUCCUCAUGCUUUAGACCAGGGCCUCGGAGGGUAUAGGGCUGCAUUGGUGGUGGCGGUGGCUGCAGUGGCGGACGCAGGCGCCCGGCUAGUCUGCGGGUGGUUGGCAGACCAGGGCUGGGUGCCCCUCCCGCGGCUGCUGGCGGUGUUUGGGGCUCUGACAGGGUUGGGGCUGCUGGCUGUGGGGCUGGUGCCAGUGGUAGGGAGUGAAGAGGGUUGGGGGGGCUCCCUGCUAGCUGUGGCCGGGGCCUACGGGCUGAGCGCCGGCAGCUACGCCCCGCUGGUUUUCGGAGUGCUCCCUGGGCUAGUAGGCUUCGGAGGUGUUGUGCAGGCCACAGGACUGGUGAUGAUGCUGAUGAGCCUCGGUGGGCUUCUGGGCCCUCCACUAUCAGGCUUCCUAAGGGAUGAGACCGGAGAUUUCACCGCCUCCUUCCUCGUGUGCGGCUCUCUGGUCCUCUCUGGCAGCUUCAUCUACAUGGGGCUGCCUGGGGCUGUGCCUUCCUGCAGUCCAGCCUCCCCUCCAGCCACCCCUCCCCCUGAAAGGGGGGAAUUGCUCCCCAUUCCUCAAGUUGCCUUGCUCUCCCCAGGAGCCCCUCACUCCACUCUAGAAACCACUUGUUGACCAUUUUCUUUUAAGCCCCUCCCCCAAUAAAAUGUUUCAGUUUUCCUGCAUGUUCCCAUUGUUAGGCAAUUGAAGACACUGAAAAUUUUCUACUUAAAGAUAUUCAACAGGCUGAUUGAAAGAAACAGGAUCCCACUAAGCCCUGGGAGACGGGGAGGCUAUCUGUCUGUCAAGCCAAUCCAUUUCUCUUUGCCCAAGUUGUUGCCAUUGUAACAGGAAUCUUUUAGAAGUUAUCUGCCUGUCAGCCUCAAUUUGUGUGGGAGAGAGGGAGGCUCAGAAGUGCUGUCUGCCCCGUCCACACUUCCUUUACUCAGACUCUUCCCUGUGUCUCAAUCUCUUACUGGCCGGAGGUAAACACAAGAAUCCCAGACCCAGACAAACUCUCUCGGCUUCAGCUUUCCUAGUAAACUACCCCCCACCCCUGCACACACAUACACCAUGUCCCCACCAUGCUCUUAAUUUCUUUUCUAAGUCACAGGGGAGAGUGAAAAAGAAGGAAGUCAGUGGGCAAAUGGAAGGAACUGUGGUCCAGAGAGCAGAAACCAGGGUUAAAACGCUCUAAGUCACAGGAGUUCCUGGACACCCCACCACCACCCAGCC